CCCGAGUGUAUUGGUGUGCAACUGUAGCUUUGUCUGACGUGAAUUAAAUGGAGACUGUCAGAGUAAUGUAUAAAAAGUGAACCGGAAAUGAUGUUUUAAUGUAAUCAGCCUUAAGUUGUCGAAGUCUUACUGCUGCUAUUUGCAAACAAGUUAAUUUUGGCUUCGAAAUAAAUAUGAAUGACGCAAAUUGUUUAAUAUCUUUACAACAUUUACCGUUUAGUAUUAAUACAUUGUUCUGAUGGUAUUCGUGUCAUCCAGACUUAUUUCCGAGCCAAACUGAACUGAAGGUGAUCGGACAUCAUCAUACACAUGUCCCACCCAAGCUCAAAGUCAUCGGACAUUUUGUUAGACGGUCCUGUAAAAUAUAUUUUAAGGCCUGCAUAGAGGCCACUUACAACACACCUAGCCCCGCCGUGUCACAUCACCACAGUCUGCAAGUGACACUUCAAACCCUGUUACAAUUAUUAUUUUAAUGUUUAAUAUGUAGUGGGAGUGUAAGACAGAUAUGGAAAACAAAUACAGAUUUGGCAAGAUUGAUGUGAACUGUGAAGGAUAUGAUUAUCCUACUGAUCUCUAUAUACUCCGAGGAUCUUGUGGGGUAUGUAUAUCCCUUAGUGGUUGUUUUCAGGGAUGGGUCCAGCUUGAUCUGGUGGGGAGGGUGUGUGGAUCGAGCCAUUGGCAUGGUUUGGGUCCGAUCUUUGAGUAGCAGUGUUUUAUUUAUUUAUUUGUUCAACUUCGCCAUAUAAAAUUACACGAAUGACAUGGAUACAAUACAAAUACAAUAUUUUGCCAGUGGCAAAUGGCGUGACUUUCAUAAAAAGUCUCAUAACAAUUUCUUAAAUGUACUUAAACAUAUAUUAGAAUGUUUUGCGGAACCGGAAAAAUUAUGUUCCGGCCUGCUUACUUUCACAAUCAUAACUUUCCUUCUACUACACCAAUUCUGAUAACAGAGUUGCAAAAAGUGUUCAACAUUUGUCCGGGUAAAAUUUCAAGUUUUCAAACCUUCCUCAAAAUAAUAUGAAUUACGGCUUUUUCAAAUUGCCAGACCAGCAUUAAGUCAAUAUAUUUGGCCUCAUAACUAUUUGCCAGAUGUAAUUUGAUCACCGUGUUUUCAAAGAAAUGAUUUGCUUCCUAUAGAUCUAGAGUAGGAUCCAAGAAUGGCUGGAAUUAUUUCCAGGUCUAUUGUAAGAUACACAACUAAAUGAUGUCUCCAUCCUCAUAAUUAUAAUAAUUCUUUAACAACGAAUUAGUUCUAUAGUUCUUCUGUUCUUGUAAUAAUUCUGACUGUAUUAAUGAAUGUAUAUAUUUUAGUUGGAGUAUACAAUUGAAUUGACAGACGAAGGGCGUGCAAAACAGGGAUCGUCGGAUUAUCAUGGUCGGAACAACUAUCAGUAUGGAUCUCGAAACAGGUAGGUUAUAUCUUACAGUAGUGACUGGUAUCAGAUAAAACUAUUUUGGGUGGAGAAAUUUUUCAAAAACGAUUUUUAAAAUUGCUGUAACCUAAACUGGAUUACCGCAGACUUAUUUUUGCGGUAAUCUAAUAUGGAUUUUCCAAUUAAGAAAUCUCGUCACCCUACAAGCAAUAAAUGUAUAUGCUUUUCGUCGGUCUGGCUCUGGACCUGCGUAAUCGGUUUCCCACUAGUAUAAGACUCCAUGCGGAGCUGAAUCUGCUCAGACAAAGAAAGAGAUCCGGAGAAUCGCGCUCCGUGUUUGAUAAGCAAGCGCGUCAAAGUUAUUUUCUUUGAUAUGAGUGUAUUUGCUUAGUACUCUUGUAUACUGGCGAUGAUACCAAAUUUGACCGAAAAGUAUAUUUGUUGGAAUAUAUUCUAGUUUGGGUGAUUAAAUUUUUUUCUUGUAGUCCAGUUGGUAUAUUUGACGCCUAUAGUACUUGCUUACUUUACGAUUUACGUGACUGUACAUCAUCAAUAAACUCUGAAUUUUCUGACAAGCUUUUGUCUUGGAAAAUCCAGGUUACCGCGAGCAUAAUUUUGCGGUAACCGAAUUUUCCGUUACAUGCAAUUAUGGACAACCAAUUUAAUGUCGUCUAACAGUUUUCUAUCCAGUUUCAUAACAUGUUUGUGUAUGAUCUAUAUAACGACUGCGCGAUUAGAACUUGGGAAAAUUAUGUCAGAUGACGACACACGAAAAUCCCGCGGGAUCUUCACUCUGUUUACAAUGGCAAAUCACAGAUCGUAACGCCUUGUAUGCAAUCAUUGCAUUUAAAACUGCGACAACUCCUACUUGGUCCCAGAAAUCUACUCAAAUAUUUAUCCCUUUCUUAUCCUCCAUCCUUAAACUGUAUUAGUUUGAUACGAUGGAUAAUAGACGACAAGUUUUCUUUAUACAAUCCGUCAGUUCAACGAGUUUGUUUGCCGGCAUCGUAGGCUUGACGUCCUACAAGCAGAUCGCUAGUUCUUGAGGGCUGAAUUGUGAAACUUCCAGGGCCUUCGCCCAUGGACACCCCACGUUCCACUCUGGGGGGACAGCCGUCCCAGACCUCAAGCUGAUUAAUAGGUAACUCAAUUUUCUCUGCAAAAAAACGGACCCAGCAAAAAAUUGCUUUACUUGUCCAACUAUACCAGGUUCGACCAGUUGAUCAGGGCACCCAACCUCCACCCCCUGCGAUGAAAGAAUUUUCAGAUUGCCCCAUGUGAAAUCUCGGAGUAGAAACAGCUAACGACAUGCUUGUUAUGUUUUCAGGUAUAACAAUUCCAGUGCUUUACGUGAAGUGGUGAUGUUUGUUAUUGUUGCUGUUAUUUUCUAUAUGGUAUUUAAGACAUGUACAUCCAACCGACAUAUAUAUCCUCUUUGUGUAUGUAAUGAACUUGGUCGUGAUAUCAAGAAUUAUCAUGAGGCUCAGGUUGUGUCAUUCGCCGAAGGCGUUGUUACACAAACAGAUACCUUGAUAAUUUAGAUAUCACGCGAUUUCAUUUCAAUAAUUAUUUUAUUACGCUUUAAGUUACCGUGGGGAAUCUUGUCAUGAUCUUUUCUUCAUGUAACAUACUGGCUUUUGCUGUCGUGACGAUUAUUCUCUGGAGAAAUGACGUCAUAUUUACAUGAAGAAAACUAACGAAACGUCGAAGUUCUCCUUGUAUUUUCAGGUAGUUGUAUCCCUAUCAAUCCCAAGCUUUCACGUUAUUGCCACUAUACGUACCUACAAUGGGAUGACUGUUAAAAGUCAAGUAUAUAUAUUCAUGAUAAAUUAUGAAUUGCAUUAAGUUCUAUGCUCAGCGCGGAAAAUCUAGAAAAUGUUUAUUAUUAAAUUCUAAUCUAACACCUUUAAAUUAAAUUUCUCAUCAAAUUUUUUAUCCAAAUUCAACUGAAAUUUACAUAUCGAUUUGUCGUGGUUCAUGCAAUAUUCUAUUCCAUGUUAAUCGACUUUGUUCUAUUCCAUUCUGUUUAUAUUCUAUUCCCUUUUCAUGCUAUGAUAUGAUAUGAUAUAUGAUGAUAUGAUAUGAUGAUGUGGCCUUUAUGUAUUACCAUUGUAUAACAAUUUCACUGUUCAAUUCUGCUCUAUUUUCCGUAUUAUAAUUUUCAAUAUUAUAUGAUACUAUUCUGUUCGCUAUAUUCAAUUUUUAUUUUGUUCAUUGUCAUUCCAUUCCAUUGGAUUCUAUUAUCUUGUACUGUGUAUUUCCUUAACAACUUCCUACAGAUACAGAUACCGUACCUCCCGUGUACUCUCAAGAUCCGAAUAUGAUGGGAAGACCAGGUGAGCUUUUGAUGUGAAGUCUUUACGGGUUGCAUGUACAACUAGUUUCAUACUAUAGUAUAUUCGGGUUCUAGAUUGGGCCAUCGAGUCAACGGGGAUUGCUAGUGAGUCUUGUCCAAUUUAAGUACACGAAAUAUUUUCGCAAUGACUUAAGGCGGAUUUCCAUUCAGUGCAAAAUGUCGCGCGAUCGACUUUUUGCGAGCGCUUUUUGCGAUCGACUAUUUAGUUUAAUUUCCAUUCUUGUAUAAAAACAUAUAAGCGCGCGCGAAUUUCGGUAGUAAAAAAAUUGCUGAAAAGUUUUUGGAUCAGAAAGACUUUUCAGGAGAGACAGGAAAAGAGCGAAUACUACAUACUUGUUCGAGAACUUGCGAUUGUUGAUCAAGAGUACUUUAUUAAACCAGACCGGGGUUUUUCUUAAUAUUAGACCAGGCGUUUUUCUUUUUCGUCUGAUCUUUAUACGUUCUGUAUGAAGUGUUCCAUAAACAUGGUUCUUCUUGUACUUGGCCAAUAAAUAUCUCAACAUUAUACUCGAUAAUCUGGAUUGGAUUGUCAUUUCUAACUUGAGGUUAUGUAUCAUUUUUAAUCUGAAGGUCUUGAUUUUGAUUAAAGCCAUUAUGGAUGUCAACUGGCUCGAUAUUUCCAAACACAUUUUGUUCACCCCAGAGUUCACUCAUAGCACUGUCAGCCAUCUUUGGUUGAUCCAAAUUCUUAAAGUGCGAUCGCAAAAGUACGGAAAGCGAUUCUACUUUUUUUUGCGAUCGGUCGAUUUGAAAAUUGCGCAUGCGUAAUUGAAAAAACGCUCGCAAAAAGUCGAUCGCGCGACAUUUUGCACUGAAUGGAAAUCCGCCUUUAACGCUUGGGGGGAGGGGGGGGGGGCUCUGCAACUAUCUCUCACUUUUGCUGUGCCCGCGAUCAGGGUCGUAUGGUGGCAGCCAGACGUGCCUUAUGAAGCCUUCCAUUCGGUCAUUAACAUCCCCUCCUCUGCCUUUAAAGUGGCCGAUGGAGUGGAGUGUUCUUAAUAUGUCCCUAAUUUGGAAUGACUGCAUUUACCUAUCACACGCAAAAGAGAUGGUUGAUCCUGAGUAUUUCACGUAUAAUAGGUGCAGAGCAUGAAUGCACCGCCAAAGCUGCGACAAAAGGAAUAGCGAGAGCGCAGCUCGACUAUUUUACAUCUGAUAAAGCACGAACUGAAAGUGUUUUAAAUGGCUUAAAAAACGACCCAUCUUAUGAGUUCAUUGGCGAAGUAUUUUAAAAAUAAACAUUGCCUAUAAGUCAAGAAAAUCAAAGCUAAAGUUUUAAAUUUGUAAAUAAACAUGAUUUUUUAUCACGUAUAAUACCACCGACAAGGUAGUGAUUGAUUUCUUUUGUCUUUUCCUCAAUAUGUUGUGAAAUGCCAUUUAUUUUUUUACUGUAUUAGUAUUCGCUGCCCAUAAGGAGAAUCUCACGCUUCAUUGGCAUGCACUAGCUUAAAAUCCCAAUCUCGUUCCCCGAGCCUGCGAUCCUCGGGAAGGAACGUGAGGCUCUGGGAUAAUCCGUUGGCGGAAGCCAGGAAUCCUGGCUAAGACCGAACUGCGCAUUCCAUAUCAACGGCCAAUCAGAUUCCUCCCUGAAACGGAUUAUCCCAGAACCUCACGUUCUUUCCCGAGGAUCGUAGGCUCGGGGAACGAGAUUGCUUAAAAUCCCUGCUUCUGAAUUAGUAUUCAUAACUUUCAUAAACAUUCCUCUGACAUGACUUACUGAUCUUUAUUAUAUAAAGUCGAAAUAAAUAUGGUAUUUUCAAGCACCCAUGCAUUAUUGUCUAUUUAAUGCGCUUUACAAGUGUGCACAUGCAUGUGGCCUAAAUACCGCGUCGUGAUUUGUUUGUAGCCUUAUUAAUUAUUCAUACCUUUUACAAGAGUAAAUAAAAAUUUCAGGGCUGCUGCUAUAGAGAUAAGCCAUUAAAUGAGAUUAUAGUCACACGAACGUAUAAGACAAAACCACUUGAGGAUUAGACAAAACAAGCGCUUGUUGAUUUUGCUUCUAUAAAGGGUUUUUGCUUUUACAUCUUUCCAAAAUAUUAUAUUCUGUUCAUGUUUUUAUCUUCGCUGUUUCGGUAUUAUUUUUUUCAAAUAUUUGUUUUUUGACCAGUUAAAAUAUUAAAGUUUUAUUUGCUAACCUUUUAACCAAUUGCUGCGAGUUUUCUCAUUGUACUUUUAUUCGUGUUCUGUAUAUAAAAAGCAAAUAACUGUUUUCUCGUUCAGAGAUUCCGAUAAUUUUUGAGCCGCCAGUCUUUAAAGUUAUUUUUAAUGAAUAAAAUUACUAAAAGCGUGUAAAUAAAUACAAAUUGUUUUAAAACGAUUUGGUCAUUUUUGUUUUGUUAUGGUCGUUUCUAUUUUCCUAUGAUAUAUGCUAUAUUCACCUCCACCGAUGAACAAUUGUUAAAUAUCCUGCUAGGAGAGAUCUAAUCUAAGCUUGAAUCCGGUAGUUUCAACAAGGUUAGUAUCCGAGACCGGUAUGUCAUAAGUAUUCCUUUAUUUUCAUACCAGGUCCAAGUGCACCGCCACCUCCCUAUAGCCCUGAACCUCCUGGCUUCAAGCGAGAAUAUACACAAGGUACAAUAUGUACAUUUGUAGAAGCAUAUCAUGUCUUACAGAUUAUUCUACAGAUUCUCAUUAUAAAUGAGUGCUCAUUGUGGAGUUGUG